GUGUAUACAUUACCUCCCUUCAGCAGACUGGGAGGACCAUCGACCGGUCCUUCUCCCCCGGUGCGUGUCAUUGAUCUGUUCCCUGACACAGGACUGGUUGCCGUGUGUUAUUUUUCUUGCCAACCCCGGCUGGCUCUACACGAAACGUGUUGUGCGACAUUUCUUGAAGUGUGUUCAGUGACUUCCAUUGUUUCCAUGAUGAGGCGUGAUUGAAAAUUGGAAUAAAACUUCACAUCGUCUAAGAGGAAGACCUAGUUGCUGUGAGAUGCAGCAAAUAUUCAUCGUCGGUGCAUUUUGAGGGUCAAUCUUGCAGCGGGGCCUGAGGUGUGAACCAUGGCGUGUCUCCUCAGGUGUCUGGGACUGGAGGAGGAGGAAGAAGUGAAAAACAACGAUGUUCUCAUUAUUGAUGUGCAGGAGGUACUUUCCAAGGCUGCUUGGGAAAGUUUUCUUGUGUCGAAGAGCUGGUGGAAAAAACGGAGGAUUAAAAAGAAAGAUUACAUAAUCGAGGUUCCAAUGAAUUAUUAUCACUUCGAAGAAAUCGCCCGGGACUUUAAGAUCAGAAAAAGCAAUCCCUUGAGACCAACAGAACAGGGUUCAUCUAACGGUCAAAAGAGCGCUCAGAAGCAGCCUGCCAUCGGGUCCGGUCUGGUCGGGCUGAAGACGAUGUUCAACAACAACACGGAAAAGGAGCAAAAGUACAAUUUUAACUUCGAGAAGACCAGACACGCCUCAGUGAACAUCACCUAUCAGAAGGGCUACAGCAUCGGGGGGAAGGCCAACUUCACCCUCGGCCUCCCUAAAGUAGACGAGAACGGCAGUGUUGGAGCCGAGGUGGAGGCAUAUGUCGAGGUAACCAAGGCAACGGGAGAUACGUUUGAGGAGACUGUAACAACCUCCGCGACGAGUGAAAUAACAGUUGCUGCCAACAGUCACUACACGGCCACUGUUGUCAUGGAGGAAAGGACGUUGCUAGCCGAUUUUAAGAUAUCCAUUAUGAUGACCAUGCCCCAGAAGAAGGCGCCUGUGUACAUCAAGGACAUUCGUACUGGGGAGCUCGUUCUAGUAAGGAUCAUCUCCAGUUUGCCAUUCUACUUCAAGAAGUUUGAAGGCGUGGAGCUUCUUCCGCCAGACGAAGUCACUGGAAAACCAAGGAAGGACGCAGUUAUCUUUCACAUCGAAGGCAUCGUGGACGGCGUGCAGCUGUCCAGCCACAGGAUCAACCUGCAGCAGGACAAGGCUGAGGUCGACAGACCAGAGGAACCUGUCACAAAACACAUUCAAGGCAACUUCCUAAUGGAAAAAUCAAGGAACCUGUUUCAAAGUGUGUGCAAGAGUCAUCCGGAGAGGGAGAAGCUUUGAGACAAGAGGAAAAGGUCUCGGCAGGAGUACAGGGCAAUGGGACAGACGACUUCUAUCGGGCCAAGAAUACUGAAUAUGAACAUCAGACUUCUCAAACAUUGGUAGACUCUAUGCCUGAUGUAGAAACGACAACGAAAAAAGAUAAUGGUUAAGUCACAGUGACCAUCAGCAUCCAGAACAAUCUAUAAUUGCUUGAAAAAGUGGGUUGUCCUCAAAUGAAGGAUUUGCUGGAGAUUCCAUUUCUAUUUUUUAAAUAAAUUCUCAUAAAUUUUUCAUCCAAAUCGGAAACUGAAACACAUGCAGUCGGGAACAAGCAGUCAAAGAAAUAGACUGUGCUGAAAACAAACUUAUUUGUAUUAAUAGGUCAAUGGAUUCUGUUUGAUACUAGCAUAUAAAUUUCUAUUUUACAUCAGCUACAUUAGUCUCAAGAGACGCUACGCUUAAGGACUUUAUUUUCAUAAGCUGCUUUUCAUUAUGUAAUUAUUUUGUUGCUGUUUACAUGAAUGGGGUGUUAUUUUCGAGGAUGUUUAUAUAUUUGCUGUUUGAUUUAGCAUUGAAGUCCACAAAGCAGAAGUUAGAGGUGUUGGUAAAGCAGUUUUGCUUGUUAAUUUUCUUGAGAAAAUAAAUUUUAAA